GAGUCUCUGGGAGCGCAAGAUGGCGACGGCGGCCGAACCCGCGGCUGCGGAGCCCGAGGCGGAGCCCGAGGCCGGGCGCAGGGCUGACGGGGAGGAGGAUGCGGCCAAGGCGGCUGAGACGAGAGGGAAGGCGUCGUCGCGGGCGGUGGCCGCCGCGACGAACACGACCCCGGGGCCCGGCUGGGAUCGGCCCGAGGAGGACGUGAGCGAGAGCGACGGCGACGAGGAGUUCGCCAUGGCCUCCUCCGUGGAGAGCUCCCUGGGAGAGUACGAGUGGGAGUACGACGAGGAGGAAGAGAAGAAUCAGCUGGAGAUCGAGCGGCUGGAAGAGCAGUUAUCUAUCAACGUCUAUGACUACAACUGCCAUGUGGACCUGAUUAGGCUGCUCAGGCUGGAAGGGGAGCUUACCAAGGUGAGAAUUGCCCGUCAGAAGAUGAGCGAGAUCUUUCCCCUGACUGAAGAGCUCUGGCUGGAGUGGCUGCACGAUGAGAUCAGCAUGGCCCAGGACAGCCUGGACAGAGAGCAUGUGUACGACCUCUUUGAGAAAGCUGUGAAGGAUUACAUUUGUCCUAACAUUUGGCUAGAAUAUGGCCAGUACUCAGUCGGUGGAAUUGGUCAGAAAGGUGGCCUUGAGAAAGUUCGCUCUGUGUUUGAAAGGGCUCUGUCUUCUGUUGGUUUACAUAUGACUAAAGGACUCGCCAUCUGGGAGGCUUACCGAGAAUUUGAAAGCGCAAUUGUGGAAGCUGCUCGGCCCAUAGCUGCCUUCCUUUCCCCUUUUGACCGGGAACAAACCUUUGAUUCACAGCUUGAGAAAGUUCACAGUCUCUUCCGGCGACAGUUGGUGAUCCCACUUUAUGAUAUGGAGACCACAUUUGCAGAGUAUGAAGAAUGGUCAGAGGACCCAAUCCCAGAGUCGGUAGUUCAGAACUAUAACAAGGCACUACAGCAGCUGGAGAAAUAUAAGCCCCAUGAAGAAGCAUUGUUGCAAGCAGAAGCGCCAAGGCUGGCAGAAUAUCAAGCAUAUAUUGAUUUUGAGAUGAAAAUUGGUGAUCCUGCUCGCAUUCAGUUGAUCUUCGAGCGUGCCCUGGUUGAGAACUGCCUUGUCCCAGAUUUAUGGAUUCGUUACAGUCAGUACCUGGAUCGGCAGCUGAAAGUCAAGGAUUUGGUUUUGUCUGUACAUAACCGAGCUGUUAGAAACUGCCCCUGGACGGUUGCCCUAUGGAGUCGGUACCUGUUGGCCAUGGAAAGACACGGAGUGGAUCAUCGAGUGAUUUCUGUAACCUUCGAGAAAGCUUUGAAUGCUGGUUUCAUCCAGGCCACUGACUAUGUGGAGAUUUGGCAGGCGUACCUUGAUUACCUGAGGAGAAGGGUUGAUUUCAAACAAGACUCCAGUAAAGAGCUAGAAGAGUUGAGGGCCACGUUCACUCGUGCUUUGGAGUAUCUGAAACAGGAGGUAGAAGAGCGUUUCAAUGAGAGUGGCGAUCCAAGCUGCAUGAUCAUGCAGAACUGGGCUAGGAUUGAGGCUCGACUGUGCAAUAAUAUGCAGAAAGCUCGGGAACUCUGGGAUAGCAUCAUGACCAAAGGAAAUGCCAAGUACGCCAACAUGUGGCUUGAGUAUUACAACCUGGAAAGGGCGCACGGUGACACCCAGCACUGCCGGAAGGCUCUGCACCGGGCCGUGCAGUGCACGAGUGACUACCCUGAACAUGUCUGUGAGGUGUUGCUCACCAUGGAGAGAACAGAAGGUACUUUAGAAGACUGGGAUGUAGCUGUUCAGAAAACUGAAGCUCGACUGGCCCGUGUUAAUGAGCAAAGACUGAAGGCAGCAGAGAAGGAGGCAGCUCUUGUGCAGCAAGAAGAAGAAAAGGCUGAACAGCGGAAAAGGGCCCGGGCUGAGAAGAAAGCGCUGAAAAAGAAGAAGAAGCCCAGAGGCACAGACAAGCGCAGAGCAGACGAGGAUGAUGAGAAGGAGUGGGGCUAUGAGGAAGAAGAGCAGCCUACCAAGCGCAGAAGGGUUGAGAACAGUGUCCCUCCAGCCAGAGAAGCCCAAGACAUGAAUGUGGACCUGGGGCCCACUGGGCAGUGUGCACCCAUGGAUGUUGACCCUCCAUCAAAGCAAAAGGAGAAGGCGGCCUCCCUAAGGAGGGACGUGCCCAGAGUGAGGCACGAUAGCAGUAAGGAUGGUGUCACUGUGUUCGUCAGCAACCUGCCCUACAGCAUGGAGGAGCCAGCCGCCAAUCUCAGACCGCUCUUUGAGACCUGUGGGGCGGUGACUGAGAUCCGCCCCAUCUUCAGCAACCGCGGGGAUUUCCGAGGCUACUGCUAUGUGGAGUUUGAGGAGGAGAAGUCGGCCCUGCAGGCACUGGAGUUGGACCGGAAGAGUGUAGAAGGCAGGCCCAUGUUUGUGUCCCCCUGCGUGGAUAAGAGCAAAAACCCUGAUUUUAAGGUGUUCAGGUACAGCACUGCCCUGGAGAAACACAAGCUGUUCAUCUCAGGCCUGCCUUUCUCCUGCACUAAAGAGGAACUGGAAGAAAUCUGUAAGGCUCAUGGCACUGUGAAGGACCUCAGGCUGGUCACCAACCGGGCUGGUAAACCAAAGGGCCUGGCCUACGUGGAGUAUGAGAAUGAGUCCCAGGCGUCACAGGCUGUCAUGAAGAUGGACGGCAUGACUAUCAAAGAGAAUGUCAUCAAAGUGGCUAUCAGCAAUCCCCCACAGAGGAAAGUGCCAGAAAAGGCGGAGGCGAGGAAAGCACCAGGUGGCCCCAUGGUGCCGCGGCAGACGUAUGGAGCGCGGGGGAAAGGAAGGACCCAGCUCUCUCUGCUGCCUCGCGCCCUGCAGCGCCCAAGUGCUGCAGCUCCUCAGGCCGAGAACGGCCCUGCCCCAAGUCUAGCAGUUGCCACGCCGGCGGCCACCGAGGCACCCAAGAUGUCCAAUGCUGAUUUUGCCAAGCUGCUAAUGAGGAAGUGAACGGGACUCUGGAGACAGGAAAUGCCUUACUUCACGCGGGCCCGAUGGAUCACCCGCUACCUGGCGGUGCACUGGGUGGACAGGCCUUGGGCAGCGCCACUUGCUACCACCAAUUCUCCUCUUAAAUGGAAAGGGAAAGGGCAUCCAAGCUGAGAGGUUCUCAGUCUCCCUCACAUUGAGGGCAGCAGCAGGAAAAUUCUUGCUAUAGGCUGGGCCUAGUUGUAGUGUCCCAAGAUACUUCUGUGUCUUAAGAGUGAGGAACAGAAAUGAGAUAGGAACAUUUGGUUUUUGAGACCCACUUGUUCUCGGUCAGCCCUGGCCCUUUUUUAUAAGACACCUCUUAUAUUCUGCAUAGCACAUGUGCCCAUCACUCUUUUAAUUUUAAAAGAUGAAAUGGCAGAUGCUAGUAACUCACCAGAAUGGCCUAUUGGGGGAAUGCGGGAAAUCACAUAAAGAACAUUUGGUGGAUUUUUGUUCAAGAGGGCUGUCCAUUUUUAUAUUAUGUAUUUGUAAAUGAUGUCAACCCAUUACAUUUCCUAAAGCAAAACAUUGGCAACAUUUGUUUUGUAUAGGACUGUGUGCUGCUGCUGUGGACCAUUUUUUUUGCUUAGUGACUAGUGAAUUGUGUUUUGUCUAAACUUGAGUUUCAGCCCCUGGUUUUGUUUAAAUACAAUGUCAAGUGCAAACUUCACUCCUCCCCAUUUAGCUUUGUUUAUUAAACUGAAGUCUCUGAACAUU